AUGCUGUCACGCGCGGCCCGACCGGCUCUCCGAGCUGCGGCCUCAGCUCCCGCCCGGGCUGCCACCGCUGGCCACGCUGGCGCGGCUGGGUAUGCGACCCUCCGCGAGAUCGAGGGCCGCCUCAAGUCCAUCCGCAACAUCGAGAAGAUCACCAACACGAUGAAGAUUGUCGCCUCCACCAAGCUCACCCGCGCCCAGCGCAGCAUGACCGAGUCGCGCAAGUACGGCCAGACCUCCAACGAGGUCUUCGAGUCCGCCGAGACCACCGCCGCCGAGGGCGAGGAGAAGAAGUCGCUCAUCAUCGUCUGCUCCUCCGACAAGGGCCUUUGCGGCGGUAUCCACUCCGGCAUGAGCCGCAAGAUCCGUUCCUUGUACGCCACUGAGUCGCCUUUCGACCUCGUCAUCGUCGGCGAGAAGUGCAAGGCCCAGCUCCAGCGCACCAACAACAAGAACAUCCAGCUCACCUUCGCCGGUGUUGGCAAGGACGUCCCCACCUUCGCCGACGCCCAGGCCAUCGCCGACCAGAUCGUCAUGCUGCCCACCGAGUACACCGACGUCAAGAUCCUGUACAACAAGUUCAUCAACGCCCAGAGCUACGAGCCCACCUUCAUUGAGGCAUUUUCCGAGGAGGCCAUUGCCCAGUCUCCCAACAUCUCGUCUUUCGAGGUCGAUGACGAGGUCCUGGCCAACCUCCGCGAGUACAGCUUGGCCAACUCCCUGUACUGGGCUCUUGCCGAGGGCCACGCCUGCGAGCAGUCUGCCCGACGAAACGCCAUGGACAAUGCCUCCAAGAACGCUGGCGAGAUGAUUGGCAAGUACCAGAUCCUGUACAACCGCACCCGACAGGCCGUCAUUACCGGCGAGCUGGUUGAAAUCAUCACUGGUGCCACCGCCUCGGAGGACAUGUAA